GCGGGCGAGCCGAGCGGGUGGAAGGGCGAUGUCGGCGGGCGCCAUGGCGGGCGCGGUGUCGGUGUCGGAGGUGGCGGUGUGCAACAUGGCGUACGGCGGGCGCCUGGACGAGCUGCGCGCCCAGCUGCAGCGCGACAGGGGCCUGGCCACGGCGGCCGACCAGGCCGGCCGCACCGCGCUGCACUGGGCCUGCUCGGCCGGGCACGCCGCUGUCGCUGACCUGCUGCUGGGGCUCGAGGUGCCUGUCAGCGAGAAGGACGACGCUGGUUGGACUCCCUUGCAUAUUGCCGCUUCGGCAGGCCGUGAUGAAAUUGUAAAAGCCCUCCUUGACAAGGGUGCUCAUGUAAAUGCUGUCAAUCAGAACGGCUGUACACCCCUACAUUAUGCAGCCUCCAAAAAUAAGCAGGAGAUUGCAAUCAUGCUUUUAGAGAAUGGAGCUGAUCCAGAUGCAACAGACCACUUUCAAUCCACCCCAUUACACAGAGCAGCAGCCAAAGGAAACCUAAAAAUGAUACAGAUCCUUCUGCGGCACAAGGCGUCUGUUAAUAUACAGGACUCGGAAGGAAAUACGCCUCUUCAUUUAGCCUGCGAUGAAGAGAGAGUGGAUGAGGCAAAGCUGCUGGUGUCUCACGGUGCAAGUAUUCACAUUGAGAACAAAGAAGAGCUGACCCCCCUGAAAGUGGCAAAGGGUGGCCUGGGAGCCAUACUUAAAAGAAUGGUGGAAGGCUAGUGAGGACUUUGAGCUUGACUCUUUCCUGUUGCACUUGUAUUUAAGACUGCAAACUUCAUGUUUUCAUAGUUCAACUAGGAUGUCGUGUAUGAGCAUCAGCAUGUGGUAAUGAAAUGUGUUUCUCUAGGUUUGCUUCAAGUAUACUGCCAAAACAGUCAUUUGUACUUCUGUUGAUUGUACAGAUCACUGCUUUUAAAGUAUUUUUGAUAACUUGCAGUUUGCUUUCAGUUCACAGUAUGAUCUGUAUACGCUAGGUCAUUCCUUCUAUUUCAGCGUCUAGUUUACGAUUAUUUCUUUCAAACAACAAGACCAAAAGUGCUUUACCUGUUUAGAGUCAACUUUGUCUUGGAAGCCUGUUCAGUGUCAUUUUUUUCUCUUAGCAUUUGUGCUUGGGCUUUUUGUUUGUCUUUUUUUGGGUACUGAUUUGCUUCCUUCAGAUAAUUCUAAAUUACUCUUUUUCCUUUUGUCAAAUGCAUUUUGCUGAGUUACUUCAAUAAUUGUAUCAGUUUUUACCCUUGUUAGUCUUUUUGAGUCAACUUGUAGUAUUUUAAGCUUCUCUCUUACAUAUUUUUAGUUUAGUUUUAAAUCUAAUUCAUUUGAUGUGAUGGAUGUGCUUUGAAUCUUUUUUUUCCUGUUGUUUCUUCUGUGGAUCUAUCUGUUCUGUUUGACUUGCAUUGUGUAGCACUGACAGUAUUUUAUAACAGAAGCCUGAGUUAAUCUCCGUUUACUCAUAGCAAAUCCUGGUAUUAAGUUAUUAGAAGGUAGCUCUAAAUCACUUUUUCAUGCAGACCAUUGAAGGCUUCCAUGCACUUGUCCCUACUGUGUUUGUUUCUUACUUUUGUGUUGGUAAUCUCUGGUUGAAUUGACAUGGGGGAGGUUGGGAUUUUGUGUUUUGUUUGCUUUUUAGUAUGAUGGGAAAUAAAUUCAAUGUUUUAGCAUUCAGUGAUAGAACUGAGAGUUCUUACUGCGUAAUAUAAUAACUAACAUUUGUGACAGAAAUAUUUGAGAGGGAAGGCCGAAUUCAACACAUCACCUCCUGUUCUGAUGUUGGUAAGAUAUCUUGUGGCACCACUGGAAUAGAGUCCUCCGUUCUGAACAAAUGUUGAUGAUAAAAUUCUGUGAAAUAAAGCAAAUUUCCUAAACAGCA